AUGAAACUUUCAAACCUCGUCGGUCUUGCCUUGUCUGCUGUGUCCUGUUUGGCCUUGGAUCCAGUGGAAGUUAAAGGUAAUGCUUUCUUUGUCAAAGAUUCGAGAUUUUAUAUUAGGGGUCUUGAUUACCAGCCCGGUGGAUCUUCCACCUUGAUCGAUCCUUUGGCCAACCCAGAUACUUGUGAGCGUGAUAUCAAGUAUUUCAAGGAAUUGGGAAUCAAUACCAUCAGAAUUUACUCCAUCGACAACACUGCCGAUCACGAUGAAUGUAUGGAAAAGUUGGCGGAUGCUGGUAUUUACGUUAUUUUCGAUGUCAACAUUCCUAACGCUUCCAUUGCCAGAGACGACGCCAAGUGCUCGUACAACACCAUGUACUUGAACGAAGUUCUUGCUACCGUGCUCAAAAUGGCCAAAUACGACAACACUUUGGGUUACUUCGCUGCCAACGAAGUCAUCAAUGACGAGGACAGCACCAAGGCUGCCAGCUAUGUCAAGGCGGUGGUCAGAGACAUGAAGACAUUUAUCAAGAACAGAAAGAUUAGAGCUAUUCCAGUGGGUUACUCUGCUGCCGAUGUUGCCGAGAACAGAUUGGAAACCGCCAUGUACUUCAACUGUGGUGACGACGAAAUGGCUCGUGUGGAUAUGUUCGGUUUCAACGACUACUCGUGGUGUGGAAAAUCCUCGUUCAAAACCUCCGGUUAUGACGAAAAAGUGAAGGAUUACUCCAAUUAUUCUGUGCCACUCUUCUUCUCUGAAUACGGCUGUAACAAGGUUACUCCAAGACCAUUCACCGAAGUUGAAUCUCUUUACUCCACUGAUAUGACCGGAGUCUUUUCUGGAGGAUUGGUUUACGAGUACUCCGAAGAAGCUAACAAGUAUGGUUUAGUCAAGAUCUCAAGUGACAACAAAACCGUUACUCCAAAUGACGAUUUCGACAACUUGAAGUCCGAAUUCUCGAAGACUCUGAACCCAAGUGGUGAUGGUUCGUUCCAAGAAGACUUACCCCACAACAACUGUCCACCCCAAUCUGAUAAGUGGGAGGCUUCCAACAAGAUUCCAGACACUCCAAAAGGUGCCUUGAAGUACAUCAAGGGUGUUGAAGACCCUAAGGGUAACGGUUUUGAUGCUAGCACUCAAUGGGCUUGUGUUGCAAAGGGUAAUGACGAUGAUGACAGUGGAGAUAAGAGCACUAGAACUGGAGCAGGUUCUUCUGCAACCAAAGCCUCCGGUUCUCAAAGCUCUGGUGGAUCUUCCAGCAGCUCGUCAUCAUCCAAAAAGGGUGAUGCCGUUGUCGCUUCUGCUUCUGGUGCUUUGAUCUCCCUCGCCUUGGCUGUGGGUGCCUUCAUCAUUUAG